AUGGACGCACUCGCCCAACCGCCCCACGACCGGCGCCAGCUCCACCUCCGCCGCGACCAAACGCGCGCGCUCGUCGACCAGCACCGCGACCUCGCAGCUCGCUUGGCCCAGGUGCACGCCGCACACAAGGACGGCAACACGCGCAUGGACGUCGCCGUACCGCUCGGCGUCAACUUUGAGGCAGAGGGCGUCGUUCCCGACACGAGCCGUGUCAUCGUCGCCGCAGGGCUCGACGACCUCUUCCUCGACCUCGAACUCGAGCACGCCCUCGUGUUCGUCGACAAGCGCACCAGCAUCCUUAACCAGAAGCUCAAGACCCUCGACGAGCACGUCGCACGCCUCGAGAAGGAGCACGACAUGGUCGUCAAGACGCUCCGCACCGCGUUCCAGCUUCCCGACGACGACAGCAAAGCCUGA